AAUUACUCUCUAUUUGGUAAAUCGUAAUAUUCAAAUAAUGUUCUGGAAAAGUAAAAUGUAUUUAUUUAACUCACCUGUUCUGUGACUGUCAGUCAGAUUAUCAGUGCUGUAUAAUGAUUGCACCUCUUACAUAAAUUUAGAUACAAAAACACUUCAUUUGAUGGAAACGCUUCAAUUGAAUCGUCAGCCCGAAACGCUUCAAAAGUAAACAAACAUUCAUUUGUAAACAAUUCAGAACAUUGAAACAGCAUUUGAGUAAAUCGUGUCUUUUUAAUAAAAAACGGUGAAUAAUUGGUAGUAAGACAUUUAAAACAUGCACUGAUGGCUACCAAAGGAAGUUUGUUUGCGCAUAAUCUAAGGGCGAAAAAGAAAACCCAACCCGAACUGGCACAAACUCUACCUUUGCCUGUUCACGAUAAAGUUGGUGUUGAAUCUUUGAGGAUUGAAGCCGUUUUUACGGGGUUUUCUAUCGAUGUUACGCAUUCCGAUUCUAUUCGUGUGUUAUGCUUAAAUGGAGGAUUCGGUCAAGGCAUGCUGUCUCGGGCGUUUCCGGCUUGUGUUACAAAUUCGCGGGAGCAGGUUCGCAAACGCAAACGAAACACAGCAACAUCGGCAAAUAUGACAAAUAUGGUACCGAAUUCAAGCAUUCAAGAGAAUGAGAAUGAACCUCUGUGCUUGUUUUUGGAGGAAGCCUUCUUUUUAAUGCAUACACUGAACAUUUUGAAUUUAAAAGACUUGUUCGAUAAGCAUAUCGACACACUAGAAGCAUUUGAAAGGUUCCGCAAAAUAAAGACAAAUUUCCUAGCGUGUUAUUGUGCAUAUUUGUAUCUUAAGUCAAAGAAUUGGGUCGUUAAGAGUGGAAUUAAGUUUGGUGGAGAUUUCGUGAUUUACGUGAAAGGACCACAGUUUUAUCAUGCAUCGUACAUCGUACUGGUUCAGGAGAUGCAUGAAGGGAAACUGAUCGAUUCACACACUGUCGAAGGUUUGGAUUUUCAAGGUUUUAAUCGGAUUGCGGAAACUACAGCAAAGGAUGUGCUAUUUUUGGAAGUACAUUACCCCGCAACGCUUGACCUGUCCGAUAAUGCUGCCUGUUUGGAAAGCUUAAACGAUGUACGUGUUGCUGAACUGUUCACAAAGCACCACAAUUAUUUGGCAGCACGAAAUCAAAUAUGAUUAGAAAACCCAGUGGCGAUGUUUCAAAACAACGGACCAUCAAGAAAGCUCGUCGCCGGAUGCUGCUGACUCCUGUGAUACAAACAACGGAUGCUGCUGACAGUACCGCAGAUUUGUCCGUUUUGUUUUCUUGUGUGUUUGGCGCUGGAAAAUCUUGUCAUAAUUUAUAAUUUUAGAAUGUUUUUUUUUUAUUUUUUUCUUAUUUUUUAUUCUUUUAUUUAUUUAAAGUAUCAUUUGAGUGAAAAGAAACAUAUUUCAACCAAAUGGCAUUAAAAUAAAUAAUUUUAUAAAAUUUUGCAA